AUGAAACUGAAGUACCAGAAUUAACGGUAUUUGUGUUUCUGAGAUGUGACAGACAGAAACGGCGGCAAUGCUCACGUCGUGAACAGCAGAAGAAUGGAAAGAUCUGCAUUCAGACCUGCUUUGGAGGGGUUGGAGCAUGUUAGGUCUGAAGAAGGAAAGAUACUCACAAAACCUUUCUUGGAUGUAUGCAAAACUAUAUUACCUGUUUUAGACAAGUUUGGAGGAGCAUUUACAUUUGUAAAAUCUGAUAUUGGUGGUAACAUAUCGAGGUUGGAGUCUAAGUAUCAAUCUGACCCUACCGAAUACAAAUUCUUAUACAGUAUAGUGCAAAAAGAGGUUGAAGCUAAAAAACAAAAGGAUUCAUCUAGUUGCUCAAAUAGCCUCUUAUGGUUGUCAAGGAGCAUGGAUUACACGGUUCAAAUGUUUAGCAACUUGCAUGAACAUCAGGAUUGGACCAUGAAGCGUGCUUGCACUGAUUCAUAUAACAAGACAUUGAAAAAUUGGCAUGGCUGGCUAGCUAGUUCGAGUUUCAAUGUUGCAAUGAAGCUGGCUCCGGAUAGGAAAAAAUUCAUGGACAUGAUCGGUGGUACAGGGGAUCCAGAUUCUGAUAUGGAAAAAUUCUGUGCCAGUUUCUCUUCAGUUCUUGCAGAGAAUCAUAAAUUCCUGGCUAGUGUUGGAAUGGAUAAUUUGAAAUCUUGACCUGAAGUUGAGUGGUUUUCUCUUCUUUCAUUACAAUUUACAAUUAUUUGUCCUGAUAUUGUAAGGUUGUUGGUAUUUGUACACAAGACACCAUAACUUUAAAGUGAACAAUGAUUGUGUGUAUUUGAAAAAUGCUGAUACAACUCUGUAAAUUAUGAAUUUUCACUUCUAUUGUAAUUAAACACUGAUGGUAUCCAACUCAAU